AGCCACUGCCCCGCGCGAGCCGACGAGUCCGUCCUCACGGCCAUCCCAGCCAUAUCGCAACCGCCACAGCCAGAUGUCAAUAUCAGCAAUGCCGGAUGGAAAGUAUCGCCUUGUUCUGUUCCGCUACACUGAUGCAAGAACUCCAUGAGGUUUAGGUGACGAAUUGCCCUCUGUUAUUGCUUGCACAUAACAUCAAUCACGAUUGCGUCCAUCUUCGGCUCAUCAACCCUCUACAUGAUUUGUCUUUACUCCAGAGCGUAUACUUUCUAACAUACAAUCAGCCAAUAUAUAAACCACUUGUCCAGAUUAGUGGCAGCCCAGGAAUGCCCGACGCCUUGUGGUUCACUUUGACAAAUAUUCUGGCUCUGCAACAAGCUUAUCACCUUCUUCAUUCUCUACAUCCUUACCAAAUGAGUCAGACUCGUUCUCUUUGAUGGGAGUUUUCCAGGGAUUGGAGCUUGGGACUAUCAGCCGGAGCUGAAUGGACGUUCUUAUUGCGCGGGAUAAAUACUUUCGCUGAGCUGCCGCCCCGCUGACUCACAAUAACACAGGGUCUCCGUAGUCUAAUCAACAUCGCAGCCAUUAGGUCUUCGGUCCCUCUGUCGCGGCAACGAUGAGUGGGAGCAGCUCUCCGGACUACAAGGCGCUAUUUCUCAAGGCUGAAGACGAAAGGAAGCAGGCAGAAGAACGCCAGAGGCAGGCAGAAGAACGCCAGAGGCAGGCAGAAGAACGCCAAAGGCAGGCAGAGGAAAGAGAGCGGCAGGAGAGGGAGCGCAACCGACCAACAACUUUUGAAGAGUUCAUCAGACAUUGUCAUAAUCUCCUUUGGCGGCCGCUACAAGCUGAAGCGCCUUCUCGCUCCACAACGGGCAAGAUCCCCCCUCCUACCGGAAAAUACUGCCCUAUACGACUGCUUCCGUGGACCGACUGUGAGGCUAGACAACAGGAAAUUUACGAAUCUGUUUGCCGCCACCUUCAAUCGACAGAAGAGGACGCAAAACAAUUAUUCACGCCGCUUGUUGCAUUAGAAGACCAUGGCCGACGAUUCGCGCGUCGACCAAUUAGCAGCGAACAGGAUCUCGAGACUUAUGAGCGACUAGCCGUUGAAGACCAUGUGCAUGAUAUCAUCGCUGAGUUAUGCAAAAUACCCAAUGCUCGAGAGGAGUUCCAGUUAGGCAGCGGAGUAUGGUUCGAUAAUCACGCUAAUGCUCUGGAUGAAGAUGUCGGAAUAGAUGCUAGCCAAACAUCAACCGCAAGACCCUCUAGACAUGACCAAUUUUGUAUCCAUCGAGUUGACAGUAAUACAAGUACCUUGCUCACUACAGUGGAGUACAAACCACCACAUAAGCUCUCUGUGGAGAGCCUGCGUGAGGGACUCCGACCGAUGGAUUUCUGGCAAGAAGUCGUCGAACCUGAUACUAUUCCUACAGAAGAGCCGAAGAAAUCAAUGUAUAACGUCGCGCGGCUGGUCGGAUCAGCAAUUGUCCAAGAAUUUCACGUGAUGAUACAAGAAGGUCUCGAGUAUUCAUAUUUGACAAACGGCCUCAUGGACGUGCAGCUAUGGGUGCCCUACGACGACCCAUGCACUCUCUAUUACGACCUGGGGGACCCCAGUAUGUACGGAACAAUGAGUGUCGGAAGACUUGGGACUCCUAGGACUCGGAUUGAGAGGACUCUAUGCCUGUGUUUGAUGAGUUUCCGUUCCUCUUGCCGUAAUCAAGCCUGGCGGAAUGAUGCGCGGGGUCAGCUGCCAACCUGGCACACUAGUUUUGAUAGCGAGCGCUCCCAGAUCUCAGCGGCAGGAUUGCCACAGUACCCGAGUGUGGAGCAUACUAGCUCCGAUCAUACUAGUCCUGAGCAGACUACCUCUGAGUACCUACCUUCAUCGUCUCCAGCAGGAUCUCCCGUCACCAAAGGCCGUCAAGUGACCACACAAGCGGCCUCUCGCUGCGCGUCAUCUUCCGACCAGCAUUACCUAGAGGACUCUUCGGAUUCUGAGGUAGAGCCUGCCGCAUCUGAUGGACGGAAGCGGACAUUUAGCCAGGUUACAUCGUCCUCUCCAACCCAACAGUCUAGGCCCCGGACAGAUCCUCAAGUGAACCAAAGCGGGCAAUCUCGUCAACAUGUUGCUCAAUAUUGCACGCAAAAGUGCCUUCUAGGGCUACUGCAGGGCAGCACGCUUGACCCUGACUGUCCAAACAUGGAGCUGCACACACUCGGCAGAAGUGACAAUCGUCACCUGAUCAGCGCAGAAGACCUAGUAGAGAAGCUUAAGGCGCAGCUAGAUCAAGAUCUGGAUCAUAACUGCACUCCAAUAGGGCCUUGUGGGUCUUAUGGUGCACCAUUCAAGAUUACUUGUGCCACAUUUGGAUAUACUAUUGUCGGGAAAGGGACAACUUCGAGACUCUGGAAGGAGGUGUCAAGCGAGGUAGAUGUUUACCGUGUGCUCCAGCCUGCCCAAGGAUCAGCAGUUCCAGUCUUUCUUGGAGCUAUUGAUUUGGCCCAAAUCUACUUCCUUCAUGGCGCGGGAGAAAUCUGUCAUAUGCUCCUUAUGGGCUGGGGUGGCGAGGGCAUGGGCAAUAUAAAACUUGACAAGACCAUCCAGCGUGCAAUUUCUCGCUCGGUAAAGGAAAUACGCUCUCUAGGUAUUUUCCACCAGGACCUUCGUUCGGAAAACAUCUUGUGGAAUGCUGAACUAAAACGAGCCUUAAUCAUUGACUUUCAUCGAUGCACAUUGGACCCUCAGCUGAUGCACAAGCGGCCAGGCUCUCUCAAACGAACACGGCUUGGACAUGAAGAACGUGAAUCGAGAAGAUUGCGUGUGGUGUGAGUAGAGGCCACUGUAGACGGGACUGGAGAUGCAGAAAGUCAACAGGCGCUAAGGAUGGCCUACGCAAGGACGAGCAAACGACAGUUGCUGUGCCGCAGUUGAAACUGCAACUCAUGUUAUAUUAUUC